GGCUCAUUCUCUCGCCCUCUCGCCUCCCCUGCGGUCUCUCUCUCUGCGCGCACACACCGCACACACGCACACGCACACACACACACGCGCGCAUACACGCAGCCGGCACAGGCGGCGGCGGCGGCGUCGGCGUCGGCGGCGGCUGCCGGAGUCAGGACGAACCUCUCUAGGUACGGUCUUGAGAAGGCGGCAGCAACGGCGGCGAAGGCGGCAGCCCGAGCAUCCCUGCUCAGCCGGAGAGGGAGCAGUGCGAGAGUUCCCGUCCCCUCGGCCAUUCCCUUCCCCCCUCCUUUUCUUUAUUUGCGAGAGAAUUUCAGCUGCCUUAUUGAUUUCGUUUGAUUUGGAAACAUUUUUGGUUGCUUUUGUGUGUGUGUGUCCUUUUUUUUUUCUUUCCUCGUUUUAUUUGCAUCCAGAGCAUGGCGGGCUGCGGGCUGUCGGAAGACACCUUCCUCUCCUCCUUCUUUUACAACUACGGCUCCUCCUGGGAAACCCCUUCCAACCAGGUUUUUUGCGAAAAUCAGUGAGCUAAUAUUGGUAAAAUUGGAGCCCCAUGGAUGAAGGGUACUUUUGUGCUGCUCUGGUUGGUGAGGACCAGCCUCUUUGCCCAGAUCUUCCCGAACUUGACCUUUCUGAACUUGACGUGAAUGACUUGGAUACAGACAGCUUCCUGGGUGGACUGAAAUGGUGCACUGACCAGUCCGAGGUCAUAUCCAACCAGUACAACAAUGAGCCCGCGAACAUAUUUGAGAAGAUAGAUGAAGAGAAUGAGGCCAACUUGCUAGCAGUCCUCACAGAGACCCUGGACAGCCUCCCUGUGGAUGAAGACGGAUUGCCCUCAUUUGAUGCCCUGACAGAUGGAGACGUGACCACUGACAACGAGGCCAGUCCUUCCUCCAUGCCUGACGGCACCCCUCCACCUCAGGAGGCAGAAGAGCCGUCUCUACUUAAGAAGCUCUUACUGGCACCAGCCAACACUCAGCUGAGCUACAAUGAAUGCAGCGGUCUUAGCACUCAGAAUCAUGCAAGCCACAACCACAGGAUCAGAGCAAGCCCUGCUGUUGUUAAGACCGAGAAUUCAUGGGGCAAUAAAGCAAAGAGCAUUUGUCAACAGCAAAAGCCACAAAGACGUCCCUGCUCAGAGCUUCUCAAGUAUCUGACCACAAGCGAUGACCCUCCUCACACCAAACCCACAGAGAACAGGAACAGCAGCAGAGACAAAUGCGCCUCCAGAAAGAAGUCCCAUACACACCCACAGUCGCAACAUGCUCAAGCCAAACCAACAACUUUAUCUCUUCCUCUGACCCCAGAGUCACCAAAUGACCCCAAGGGUUCCCCAUUUGAGAACAAGACUAUUGAACGAACCUUAAGUGUGGAACUCUCUGGAACUGCAGGCCUAACUCCACCCACAACUCCUCCUCAUAAAGCCAACCAAGAUAACCCUUUCAAGGCUUCUCCAAAGCUGAAGCUCUCUUGCAAAACCGUGGUACCACCACCAUCAAAGAGGGCCCGAUACAGCGAGUGUUCUGGUACCCAAGGCAGCCACUCUACCAAGAAAGGGCCAGAGCAAUCUGAGUUGUACGCACAACUCAGCAAGUCCUCAGUGCUCAGCCGGGGACACGAGGAAAGGAAGACUAGACGGCCCAGUCUACGGGUGUUUGGUGACCAUGACUACUGUCAGUCAAUCAAUUCCAAAACGGAUGUACUUAUUAACAUAUCACAGGAGCUUCAAGACUCUAGACAACUAGACUACAAAGAUGCCUCCUGUGACUGGCAGGGGCACAUCUGCUCUUCCACAGAUUCAGGCCAGUGCUACUUGAGAGAGACUUUGGAGGCCAGCAAGCAAGUCUCUCCCUGCAGCACCAGAAAACAGCUCCAAGACCAGGAAAUCAGAGCCGAGCUGAACAAGCACUUCGGUCAUCCCCGUCAAGCUGUUUUUGACGACGAAACAGACAAGACCAGUGAACUGAGGGAUGGCGACUUCAGUAAUGAACAAUUCUCCAAACUACCUGUAUUUAUAAAUUCAGGACUAGCCAUGGAUGGCCUAUUUGAUGACAGUGAAGAUGAAAGUGACAAACUGAGCUACCCUUGGGAUGGCACGCAAUCCUACUCAUUGUUUGAUGUGUCGCCUUCUUGCUCUUCUUUUAACUCUCCGUGUCGAGAUUCAGUGUCACCACCCAAAUCCUUACUUUCUCAAAGACCCCAAAGGAUGCGCUCUCGUUCAAGAUCCUUUUCUCGACACAGAUCGUGUUCCCGAUCACCAUACUCCAGGUCAAGAUCAAGAUCCCCAGGCAGUAGAUCCUCUUCAAGAUCCUGCUACUACUAUGAAUCAAGCCACUACAGACACCGCACACACCGCAAUUCUCCCUUGUAUGUGAGAUCACGUUCCAGGUCACCCUACAGCCGUAGGCCCAGGUAUGACAGCUAUGAAACGUAUCAGCAUGAAAGGCUGAAGAGGGAUGAAUACCGCAGAGAGUAUGAGAAACGGGAGUCUGAAAGGGCCAAGCAGAGGGAGAGGCAGAAGCAGAAAGCAAUUGAAGAACGCCGCGUGAUUUACGUUGGUAAAAUCAGAUCUGACACUACGCGGACAGAACUGAGAGACCGCUUUGAAGUUUUUGGUGAAAUUGAGGAAUGCACAGUAAAUCUGCGAGAUGAUGGAGACAGCUAUGGCUUCAUCACCUACCGUUACACCUGUGAUGCGUUCGCUGCUCUUGAGAAUGGAUAUACUUUGCGCAGGUCGAACGAAGCUGACUUUGAGCUGUACUUUUGUGGACGGAAGCAAUUUUUCAAGUCAAACUAUGCAGACCUAGAUUCAAAUUCAGAUGACUUUGACCCUGCUUCUACCAAGAGCAAGUAUGACUCUCUGGAUUUUGAUAGUUUACUGAAGGAAGCUCAGAGAAGCUUGCGCAGGUAACAUGUUCCCUGGCUGAGGAUGACAGAGAGAUGGUCAAUACCUCAAGGGACAGCGUGUCCUUUCCCAAGACUCUUGCAAGUC